GAUUAAUUUUGAAUUUUCAUUUUAAUCGAUGUAUUGAUCAGAUAAAUAAUUAAAUCAAUACAUUGAAAAUUGUCAUCGUUAUUGUCGAAAAUUUCGGAUAAUCAAUCGAAAAAAAAUGGAUAAAAGAAAAACAAUUUCAUCAAGAAAUUAUCAUUAUGAUGAAGAAUCAUUGGGUAAACGAAUCUAUCAUCAACAACAUUCAUUUGAUAAUGAUAAUUAUAGUCAAUCACAAAAUUCAUCAAGAAAUCAUGGACAUAGUAGCCAACGUUCAGCACAAGAAUUAUAUCGACCACCUGGUUCACGUAAUCAUCAUCAACCAUCAAGUUAUUAUUUGAGCCAAAAUCAUCAUCAUUAUCAUCAACGAUCAACAUAUUAUCAUCAGAAUCGAUUAACACAAUCGAAUCGUCAUAAUAAUAAUGUGAAUCAUUAUUAUCAGCAUGGUAAUUAUGGUCGAAAAAUAAAUAACACAACCACCGGAUCAUCAUCAUCUAAUUCUAAUUAUAAGAUUAGUAAAAAUACUCAGCAUCAUCAUCAUAGUGAAGAUUCUGGUCAAAAUUCCGUCGAGAUUAUGAAUCAAUCAAAUGAUCGGAGACGAUCAAAAUCCGAACGAUAUGAACAAAAUUUUAAUCAAUUCAAUAAAACUUUACAAACACUUUCUCUCAAUGAUCAAACAUCAGUUAUCAAAAGAUUUGAUCUUCCUAUGUGUCCGAAUUUAAAAAAAUCGGAAAAUCGUAUGGAAUUGAUCAAAAGUAUCAACAAUCUAGUCCUGAUUGAUUCUUUACGAAAUUGGAAUGAAAAAAAAUCUAAAUCUCAAUCGACAGCUGCUUCAUCAUCAUCAUCACCAUUACCAUCGUCAUCAUCGUCAUCAACAUCAUCAUCAUCAGCAUCAUCUGAAAUAAAACGGCCAUCAAACGAAGGAAAACCAGGUCUAAUCUUAUUACCAUUGAAACCAACAAUGACACCGAAAAUUAUUAACGAACAGGGCAAAAUGAAUGAUAAAUCUCGUUCAAAUGCCGGCAUUAUACGAUUGAAUCGUGAUACAAUGCAUCAAUUAUUACAACGAAAUUCAAUGAAUGAAAACAAUCGUCAUCAUCCUCAUCAUCAUCAACAACAACAACAAUAUUCACAUCAUUCAGACAUCGAAAAGCAUUCAGCAAUGAUCGAUCAAUCGCCACGUGAUAAACGCAAUACUCUUGUCACUCAAAUGUCAAUCGAUUUCAAUGAAUUUGGAAAUCUUAUCGAUAGGCUACGAUAUUAUGGUGGCCGUCAAAAUUGGCGAAAUGGACAAUCACAAAAAUUUUGUCAUACUGAUCCAAAUAUUCAAGCAAUCCGUAUACGAAUAAUGAAUAAAUGUGAGCAUUUAUUGUUGAUCGAUUUGAAUCGUUCGACCACACAAAAUGUAUUGCCCAAUACAUGGGAAGUUUGUUUCUAUGAUUUUAUUCGAAUAUAUCGUCAAAAUAAUGGCGGCAAUGAACGUGAAAUGGAUAAAGAAAUUCGUGAUACAAAUCUUAUGACAACAUUAGCACGUGAAGGUCUUGAUUAUUUUGGCACAUUAUAUCAUCGAAUAAUUGAAAAAUAUCAAUUUCAAUUAAAAACUCUUUAUGAUCGUCAUAAAUAUCAUUCGAAUACAUCAUUUUAUUCACAUUUACAAGAUAUAACCUAUGUGGUGAAAAUUAUUUUCAUCUAUUUGGGGGAUUUAUGGCGUUAUAUAGAAAUUGUUCCAUCAUCAUCAUCAUCAUCAAGUAGUACACAUCCUAGUGGUUAUUUUAUCAAUUCUAAAAAUUAUUACAUGAAAGCUCAUAUGUUGGUACCGAAAAAUUCGCACAUCUGUUCACAGUUGGCGUUAGUAUCAUUUUAUCAGAAAAAUUAUCUUGAUGCUAUCUAUUAUUCAAUCAUAUCAUUUGAAUAUGAUAUUGUACAUGAUCGAUGUUCGAAUCGUUUUCGAUCCAAAUAUAUUCGUGUACAAUCGAAUCGUCAGAAUUUUCUUGUAUUUUUUGAUUCAGUACGAGCUAUACAUAUGAAAAUGAUGUCGAUUAUUCGUCGGGAAUAUGAUCAAACAAUGGAACGUGAAAAAUUACAACGACAACGUUUAGAACGUGGUCAUAUACGUAUUAAUAAAAAUUAUCGUAUUGAAUAUUGGGUACGACCAGAUCGUACUAUUGCCAAAUGUGAUAUGUAUAAUUUCUAUGAUCUUGCUGCUGUUGUUAGCCGAAAUGAAACCGAACCUGAUCUAUAUAAAUUUUAUGAAAAAUUUAUAAUCAAAUCAUCAUCGUCGGCGACGACGACGACGACAACAUUGUCAAUAAUUGCCAAAUCACAAUUUAAAGAUCUUAAAGAUCGUUUUACAUUAUCAUUUUUGAUGGCACACGCUAUGCUAAACUAUCGUGUUGGACUAGAUCGAUUCUACGAUGUUGCCAAUCAGAUGAUAUUAGAAUUUGAUUCACUUAUCAAUCGAUCGGAUAAUGAAAACCAAUGUAAUCGUUUAUCACCCUUUUUUCUCAUACAAUUAUUUACAAUCAAUAUGUACAGUGUAGCCAAUACAAUGGAUGAUCAUCAACGUGAUUAUCGAUCACAAAAUGCGGCCUGUUAUGGUUUUACACAAACAAAUUCUUAUUUUGUAAUGUCGACAAUGAUAUCAAUAAUAUUGAAACGUAUGAUCAAUUUGUUUGAUACAUUUCAUCGUCAUCAUAAUGAUCUCAUAGAAUCAAUAAAUUCAUUACCAUUGAUCUCAAAAGGAAAACUUUCGAAAAAAUUAUCUAAUGAACCGGAAUGUGUUGAUGAUUUUUUUGGCUCCAUUUAUCAUACACUGAUUACAAAGAAUUCUAACAUGGAAAUUCAACAAGAAUGGUAUGAUUUUUAUUCCUUUCUUCCAUGCAUAAAGCUAUGGUCUGAUUGGAUAAUAUCAUUUAAUCCAUAUUUUCCACCGCAAGAAAUGAAUGAUAUUAAAACACCUGGAAUCGAUCAAAAUGUGUGGCAAAUAUUCGCACAAUUUCUUACACAACUACAUCAGAUCAAACAAUAUCCAGUUGUUUUUUAUUCUGAUCAAAAAAGUAAACAACAUUUAUCGCUUUCAUUACCAAAAUUGGAUAUUGAUCAAGGUGAUUAUGAAUUAGUUCAACUACCUGAAGAUAGAUGUUUAGAUGGUUUUAGAAUACUUCGUGACACACCUGAAUCAUCUAAAUUUGUUCGUAUUCCAUUUGUAUCGGAAAUUGCAUACAUUUAUAUGCGUAUUGAAAGUAUCAAAUUAUUUGGUGAUUAUCUUUGCGGUCUUCAACAUCCAUAUCUACGAUUUGAUACAAAAACUUCUACAUUCGAAUCAUUAAUCAAUACGGAUGAUUUAGAAAAUCAGCCAGGAAUUAAAUUGAAACAAAUUCAACAACGACAAUUAAUAGAAGCAAUAAAUCGUGAUAAGAAUAAUGAUAAAAUCAAAGAUAAUGACAAUAAUGACGAUGAUGAUGAAUAUUAUUCGAAUGAUGAAGAAGCAAUACGAGAGAUAAAUAAUUUGAAUCUAAAUCCAUUGGAACGACGAAAAUUAUUACAAUAUCGAAUGUUUUGUCAACAUGAUCGCAAACAUGGUCAUUAUUUUCGUAUGAUUGAACAUAUACAUGAACCAAAACGUCGUUUUAUUAUUAUUCCCCGUUAUGUUGUAUUCGAUACAAAUUGUUUUAUCAAUGAUCUUUCAUCGAUAAUGAAAUUUGUUCAUAGUAAACAACCGUCAUCAUUUAUCGUAACUGUACCAUUGAUAGUUGUUCAAGAGCUUCAAUCAAUGAUAGCACGUGGACAACGUCUUAACAAUAAUGUUACAUUAUCAUCCGAAGAUAUUAUCAACAAUGAUGAACAACAAGAAUUAAUAAAUCUGCGUCAUAAACAAUUGGCUAAAAAAUCAUCCGAAAUACUUGAUAGUUUACAGGAAGCAUUUGAUUCGAAUAUGGUAAAUAUUCGAGCCAUUACAAGUAAAGGAUCUGUAUUGGAUCGUAUCGAUUAUAAAGAAGAAUCGAAUAAUAAUUUGGAUGCAAUCAAUAAUGAUGAUCUCAUAUUAUAUGGAUGCAUAAAUCUUGUUGGAAAAGAUCGACAUUGUAAUGAUGAUCAUAUUGAUGAUAAAUGGAUGCGUACAUUGUUGAAGGAUGCCGGUGAACAAAAUUUAACAAAUCAAGACGAAUUUAUCUAUCGAGAUGUAAUACUCAUCACAGACGAUAUGAAUUUACGUAUUAAAUCAUUAGGUUUUGAUGUACCGGUUAAAAAAUUUAAACAAUUUCGUAAAUGGGCAAAUACUUUGGAUCAUCAUCAGCCAACAGCAUCGAAAUCAUAAUUAUCAUCUACUUAGAUUUAAUCAUUAUCAUCAUCAUCAUCAACAUUUAUUAUCGAUACAUUUUUUCAUUAUCGACAAAACUUUGAUCUUAAAUUUCUUUUGAAUUUAUUCGAAAAAAUUUGAAACCAUUUUCUAUAUGUUAAUCAAUUCUAUUCAUAUUUGUUGAAACAAUAUA